GGGACCCUACAGCCCUCCGGACUCAAUAUUGAGUUCAAUAAUUUUAGGACCUAAACUACCCCAUGUCCCAGCCCCCCAGCCCACACACCAGGCCUUGUUAUAAUAUAGCCUGCCAUGACACACCCCCUAUUGUUCGUGACUAACAGUCCCCAUUAACAACUAUUCACCCUCCCAGCACAAUCGUUAGCAACUCCUUUGUCUGUCCAACUGUUUUUCUCUCUCUUUGGGCUCUGUCCUAACGUUUACUCUCCACCCCACCCACCUCCCUAUUUUCUGCAUAUAAACUGACAUUUUCCCAACCACCGUCAGUUCUGAGGAACGGUCACCGGACCCGAAACGUUAACUCCAUUUUCUCCUCCACAGAUGCUGCUAGAUCUGCUGAGCCUUUCCAGCAACUCUGUUUUGUUCCUGAUAAAGAGUGAUGAUAUUGAUUUCAACAGAACAGAUCCUUUGAAUUGCUAAAACAGAAUGGGAGGCUCGAUGUGUUGGGAUGAUGGCUUUAUGCUGGAGAUUGUCAAAAUAGUGGAUGAUCGUCUGUUCAGUGAAGGCUGGUGGUAUCUAGGACAUGGAGAAAGUGGACACCUUAUUCAGAUUCUGGCUGUGUUUCAAGGGAAUGAGGUGAAGCCUCUUAACAAGAAACCGUUUCCAAACCUUGAUGCCCUACGAAAGAUAGCCACUUGGCCUCCGAAACCGCCACGCAUCAUCUCCCGGAGGAUUACUGGCCAUCCGCGAGCGGUCUACUGACAGUCUAAGAAACGGUUCAAUUCCCAUAAAAUUAGACCCCAACCCCGCAAUCGGCGUUGAGGAAAAAGGGGAAAUUCCACUUGUGUAUGUCACAGUGUAACUUCCUCCUUCCCCGUGACACAAACCUGUAGAAAUGAACGUGCCUGCUUUCAGGGAAGUCCUGGGGAUGAUUCACACAGAGCUUCUUCCGUCAUCAGUUCCCCAGGCUUGUUUAAAAGGACAAGCUGUACUAGGAGGCAUCCCAGAGGAUGAUACGAGUCCAGAUGCCACCCAACAUGCUUUUCAAGUGUCUCAUCAGCAUUGUACUAAUAGAAAAGGUUUCAAGCUUAUUUGUAACACUGACCACCACGCCUACUUAUCAAAGAAGAGAUCCAAUUACUGGUCAGAUGGUAACAUGUGAACAGUGUCCCCCGGGGACAUUUGUGAAAACUCAAUGUACUAGUGAGCAUCCAACAAUGUGUGCAUCCUGCCCAGAUUUGCAUUAUACUCAGUAUUGGAACUACCUUCAGAAAUGUCGUUAUUGUAAUGUCUUCUGCGGACAUCACCAGUAUGAAAAGCACCAGUGUAAUUCUACACAUAACAGAGUGUGUGAAUGCAAACCAGGCUAUUAUUUGGAAUUUGAAUUCUGCCUGAAACACACUAGCUGCCCUUAUGGUGCUGGUGUAAUUAAAAUGGGAACAUCAUACAGUAACACGAAUUGUGAACAGUGUACUGAUGGCCAUUUUUCUUCCAGCGUGUCCAAUUCAGAACCUUGUUUAGCACAUACAAACUGCACUGAAAAAGGUUUAGCGGUCAACGUCGCAGGUAAUCGAUACCAUGACACACUGUGUACUCCUUGCAAAACAUAUCAUGGCAGCAAAACUUUGGUCAAUGAUUCAGUUGUUUCAACCUGUAAUGAAGCAAUUAUUGAAUUUUUGGCAUAUCAGAAGAUUCCACUGAAGAAACUGAAACGAUUUCUUACUUUACUCCAGAUUGAGGAGGCAAAGAAAGUUAGUAAACAAUUGAGAACACAGAAUAAACACAUGAUGCAUCAAAGUUUAUAUCCCCUUCUAGUGAAAUGGAAAGAAGUUGUCAUGGAAAACCAGCUACUUGAAAAAAUCUUGCAUAUACUUCAAAAAGCAAAGAUGAAGAAUGUUAUAAAAAAUAUCCAAGAGCGUUUUAUGUUAAAUGUGGUAACUCCACUCUCAAAUGUAUUAAUUGAGACUGAAUGACUACACAGUCUCACGAAACCCUAGAGACAAGGCAGCUCCAAAUUGUAUUCCAUGUUUGUGCCGAGUUAACUGAUCUUAGCUGGAGCAGCACUUGGUUUUGCAAUUCAGUGACUUUGGCAUUUCUGCAGUGUGUAUGGGAAAAAUUAGCAUGGGUCACCAUUCCUGAUAGACCCUCAUCAGCCCCCUGCUCUGACAACCAAACAGUGUCUGUGUAAAGUAUUUGAAUGGUUUUGGGGCUUAACACCCAUUGCAAUCUAAACAAAUUAACCCUUCAAUGAGAUAGUAAAUUGUAUCAUAUCUGUGCAACUAUGUGCCAGCCUUUAUUUAGUCAUUAAAAGUAAAGAAGAGAAAGUUGAGGGGGCUAUGCAAACAGCUAAGAUAAUAUGGUGCUAAAUCUGUGUCCUAUUUGAUUCUGAGCUGAGUUUCGAACCCCUUACACAUUAGAAGCUAAGACGCCUAUUUCUACCUCUGUCUCAACACAACUACUGACCAAGCCUUCAUCCAGGCCUUUAUUCCAAAGACCUGCUGCUUGGCCUCCCAUAUUUUAUUUAUUCAAGUGACAAAAACAUUGGUAACAAGUGGCAUGAAAAUCAAGCAGGAAAUUGAGGAAUAAAACUACCUGAUAGACUAAUGGAAGCAGUAACAAUUGGAUAAACAUUUCAGAGGAAAAUUUUGAAAACGCUGCAGAGAAGGAGUACAAGAAUUGGAUAAACUGGAUAGCUUUGCCAUUUUCUGGCUUAGAAUUAAGAGUUGAAUAGGCCUUCUUUGAAAAUUUCUGUGAUUAUUUGCAUAAAUUAGGACUCUGAAUAAACACCACUAAUAUAUUGUGUCAUAAUGCAAAAAUAACAUUUCAGAAAGCAUAAACUGUCCAGAUUAUAUAUGUAAAUAUACCGUAUUGUGUAUUGUCACAUUCCACAUUGAAUUGUAAUUUAUCAAAUCUUAUAUUACAAUGUUUAUUUUUCUACCGACAUUUUUUUUAACAGAGGCAAAGCUGUUAAAAUUUGAUACAAUAGCUAUCGCUGCUCGUUACUAUCAGUCAAAAUUUGAAUCUUCAUAUAUUCAGUCUAUUAUUUACAAAAUCAAUUUUCAAAUUGAUGUCCUAAUUUUUCAUCGUUCAGUUCUGUAACAUCUCAUUUUGUAUAGUACAUUGCUCAGUCUCCUUUAAACUAGUUAAUGUGUUUUAAAAUGCCAAGCAAUUGGCAUGUAUUAGAAAUCCGGAAGGACUGCAUAUUUUAUUUACCAUUAUAACUUCAGUGAAGGUGAAGAGGAAAUGACCAUGGAAAAAUCCACUCCUAUUCCAAGUUCUAGAUGCUGACUAAUAAAUUAGAGAAAAUAGAUAACUUCUAACUUAAGCAAGGUCUAAUCACAACCACAGGUGAUUCAA